AUGCAGCAGCCUGGUAUCAGCAUCCAACAGCCUGGUGUCAGCAUGCAGCAAUCAGGUGUCAGCAUGCAGCAACAUGGUGUCAGCAUCCAGCAACCUGGUGUCAGCAUCCAGCAACCUGGUGUCAGCAUUCAGCAACCUGGUGUCAGCAUCCAGCAGCCUGGUCCUCCCUGGAGCCAGGACAACAGCGCGUGUAUGGUCUCCGCCUUUAUGAGGUACACCAACGCUAUCGCUGAGUGGACCACUCUAGGACUGAUGGCUUUAGAAAGGUGUAUAACUAUCUACAACUACCGCCACAGUGUUGGUCCUAGCUCCUGGUUCACUACUAGGAAGACUAUCGCCUACUGUUGUACUAUCUGGCUCUUGAGUCUGGCUUGCCAGAUGCCUACUUUGACAGGGAAGUUCGGGAAGUUCUCGUACAACGCAGACUAUGCCAAGUGUGAUUUCACGUUCAACAGAACACAAUACGGUGUGUUCUCCCCCAGGAAUAUGUUCUUCAUGCUGGAGAGUAUGAUUCCUUGCAUACUGAUCAUGAUUGGUUAUGUUGUAAUUCUUGUGCAAGUUCAUACCAGCAGCAGCCAUGUCCUCUCUUUCUUGAGGUCACGUUCAACUCAGCGUUCCGUGUCGCUCCGCCGGAGCCGCACCACCCGGGUCAUCGUCAAGCUUCUGCUGGUCUACCUUGUGUGUGUCAUCCCCGUCUGUGUCUACAACAUCUCCCUGGGAGAUGACGUCUCUCAGAAGAAGGAACUGGGAAUCGUGCUCUACUGCAUCUACUGGUUCCAGUACUGCAUUAACAACUUUGUCUAUGUGGUCAGUAAUGAGAGGUACCGCAAUGCUUACUGGCAGUUCCUGUGCUUCAUGCUGUGCAGGGAGAUACCCUGGGUGCCUCCGCCGGGGGCACGGAUCAAGCGGAAGUCCCAGGUGUUUGCAAUAUCCGGUAUGAAGUACCAAGAGGCAUCCAGUUCAAAGGAACAGUAUUCUUCUGGUUCAAAGUACCAGUACGAUGCAUCCAGUUCGACGUACCAGUAUUCAUCUGGUUCAAAGUACCAGUAUGAUGCAUCUGGUUUGAUGUACCAGCAUGUAUCCGGUUCGGAGGACCAGUAUGAGAGGAGGAUUUCCAGGUUCCGGACACCUUCAGAGUGCGAGGAGGCCUGGAGGCUGGCCUCCAGGGGGUACUACAUCAACCACGAGGAGGAGGAGGAGGACUCCAGCUCAGUUUCCUCCAGCAGCCGGCCAAGUCAUUCCAAGGGCCUAGCCCUCAGGGCUAACCUAGCCAGGUCCCUCUCCACCAGCCUCAAAUCUUCCUCGUCAAGCUCCCAGGGGCUGGUCAGGUCCACCUGCUACCUCAAGAAAGACAUAAUGGGGGCCAGAAACAAGCUCCGGAGAGCUCUCUCCCUCUGAAUCUGCAACCUCUCGACCUCUGCAAUUGCUUGUUUGUGCAAGUUUAACACUCUCCUCUUCAGUCCAGGGGUUGCAGAGAAUUUUGGUCACUUUCUCAACACUUUCCUGAACUUCACGAUAGUGUGAAAGUUGCAAUGAUGACCGGGACAUGUUUCACUCUCUGUAGAGCUUCAUCAGGGCAUGUUUCACUCUCUGUAGAGCUCUAUCAUGUCAUGUUUUAAUCUGGGUAGAGCAUUAUCAGAUCAUGUAGAGCGUUAUCACAUGUUUCACUCUGGGUAGAGCUUUAUCACAUGUUUCACUCUGGGUAGAGCUUUAUCAUGUCAUGUUUCACACAGUGUAGAGCUUUAUCAGAUCAAGUUUAACUCUGUGUAGAGCUGUAUUGGAUUACACGCACUCGAACAUAAUUUGAGAAAGCUCUACACUGAGUGAAACAUAACUUGAUAAAGCUCUACACUGAGUGUAACAUAACUUGAUAAAGCUCUACACUGAGUGAAACAUAACUUGAUAAAGCUCUACACUGAGUGAAACAUAACUUGAUAAAGCUCUACACUGAGUAAAACAUAACUUGAUAAAGCUCUAUACUGAGUGAAACAUAACUUGAUAAAGCU